AUGCACAGCAUCGAUUCUCACUUUAGCAAAGGUGUCAUUGAGGGCUCCGACAUCCAGAAUGAGUCAGAAUAUGUAGCACUCAGAAAAUCACUCGCACCUCAAUGCACGACGGUUAGUUGUGGAGAAGAUGGCACUCUCAUCAAAAGAUCGGAGAUCAUGCACCUCUUCAUUCAUGCAAAAAUGAGCAGAACGGUAGUGUCGUCUUCGCACAAAAGAACGAAAGAAAUCUGUACCGGAUGGAAACCGUUGCAUAGGAGGAAAGAGAUUGAGUACAAGGUAGAUCCCACCCAAAAAACGGACGAGAUUCAAGAAAAGCUUGACCCGACUCAAGAAAUGGACGAGAGUGAGCCACCAGCUGAACCCUCUGCAGAAACAUCAAUGGAAAGUGCACAGACGCGGUCACCAGUCUCGUUCGAUAAGAACAGAGCAGGGGGUUCACAACUGUUUGUAAAAGCGGAGCCUGCACGUUCUCUCACAGAGGUUCUCGAAAAUCCUGUUUCCCCGAACGAGUUCAUUAGGUACUUACAAAUGCUAGCCAACUUGGCGAUUGAGUGGUCAGAUAAUCCCAUCAAAUGCAGCGUUACGAGUGGUUUGUUUCAAUCAAACAGAAUUCGUAAUAUACUACCAGAUAUUAGUUACUUCAUUUUGGUGAUGUAA